AUGAAAAAACUAUUAAAAAAAGAAUCAAAAUCUAUAUCAAAAAAAAUUGAUAAUGAAACAGAAUUUAAACAUGAUAUGCCUCCUUUGAUUAUAUCUGAAAAUUUUUUAAACCUCAGUGAGAAUGCUUCUUUAUUAAGCAGUGAAAAACUUUUAUAUUGGGCAAGAAGAAGAAUUUACAGAAAAAAGGCUUUUCAACCUAUUGUCGAACAAAUUGAACAUGUCACAGAAGAAGUUGUUGCCACUUCUGAAGGAGAGGAGUGGAAUGUUGAAAAACUGUCUGGUUUAACCGGCAUUAAAGAAGAUUUUGAACCUUCCUCAAUGCAAGUUAAACAAGAAGAUUUUUCGGUGAUUCCUGUUGCUGUGGUUGAAUCUUUCGAAGGGAGACGUUGUAACCUUCGUUGA